CACCUUGGAUGAGAGCACCCACCGUUUCUACGUUCUGGAAUUUCCUUGGUGUUCUUUCAGUUUCAUUCAACUUGUGUAUAAAAAAACCCCAACAAAUUACACAUAUCGGUGGAAUGAUGUGCACAAUGGCGGUGAGAAUGCAUUCGAAAGAAACAAUGAUAGACACAAGACCAGGUACCAGUACAGUUGGUAUACAGUGCAGUAUAUGGGAACAGCCACCUGAGCAAGUUCUUCCAAGUAUACCAUUGAACAAAGCAACAGAAGUUAAAUCCAGUUCAAGAAGUUCAAGUGCAGUUGGAGGUGAAAUUGUGCUUCAGUGUAGAAAUAUUCGCCAAAAUGACCAGCUCGUUAAACAGUCUAAUACAAACCUCAACUUGGACCAAGGACUGGAUGGUGUAUUUAAAUCAGAAAUCACAACGCAAGGAGAAGCCUCGACAUCUUCUCAGGAUAAAAUCCCAUUCAUAGACGAAGCUUCUUACUCACUCAUGGUGGAUGUCUUAUGGGGACGGUUUAACAUCCCCGUCAAGGAUCGAACAAAACAGCACAAGUCGGCAAUUGUCCGACUAUGGAGAAAUAGGGGAAAGUUCACCGUUAACAAUAGCAAUCCAGAAAAUCUUUACUACAAUGGAAAAUGUGUGCCACGAAGAUCACAACAAAGAGAUUUCACUUCUAAAGGGUCAGAAGGAAAGAAUCGAGGACGAGGAAGGCCAUUAAAGAGGACACAUGGGGCCGAGUUUGUCACUCUAGCAGGGAGGAACUUUGGUGAAGAUUUGAGGCAGGAUCAGGGAGAUGACAGUAUGCAGUUAUUUAGUGAUACAUCACAUAGUUCACAUCGAGGAAGGAACAAUGAGGACCAUGCAUCACCAAGGAAACAGCCAAAGGAAUCCAGCACCAAAAAUGACCCCAGUCAGUUUCCAGCAUUAGACGAAUCAUCUUACUCUCUUAUGGUGGACAUCUUAAAGGGCCAAUUCAAAAUCCCCACCGAAAACAGGACAAGGCAACAGAAGUUCGCGAUCAUCAAGCUGUGGAAAGCCAAGGGAAAAUACACAGUCGACGAUUGUGAUCCAGCAAAUCUCUACUACAAUGGCAAAUGUGUGCAACGAAAAGAACAGCUUGUGACUGACAAUCAGGGCCCAAUUACAUAGAGCUGCUUAAGCAGACAAUACUGCUUAAUUAUUGUUUGCUUAGCAGAAACGAGCAGGAUACCUGUCCCAAAUUGUACAUGAGACAUUGUAUUGUGGCCGGCAACCAUAUUCUAGUAAGCACAAUUCUGUUGUGCUUAGCUACUUUUUGCGUUUAAAAGCAGCCAAUGAGUUUGAUGGAGAAUCAAGGAGCUUGCCAGUUAAACAGACCAAUCAGUAAACUUCCGUCCCAAUGGGCUCAGUAUGAUAAAGACGGGCUGAUAAAAAAUGGAGAAUUGAGUAGUUCCAUAUCCACUGAAGAACUCUAUUGUUUAGCGCAGCAUCUUCACAAUAGCCUCUCCUAAUCGUUCUGUUGUAUAAAAACACAAAAACGUCAGGCUUAUGAAUCCCGUAAAAUAAUAAUUGCCAAUAGAUUUUUAUUGAUUUGUGUCAAUGGUACUUGAAAAGCCCAAGGAGACCAGUGGCACCUCAAAUAGUCAGGACUUGAUGGUAGUUGCGUUCGACUAAGCAAUCAAUGGUCACGACUUUGAUACUAGUCGCUCAGGCUUGGUACUUGAGUAAAUGUUUGACACUAGUCGCCCAGGCUUGGUACUUGAGUAAAUGUUUGUUAAGUUGAAUUAAGGCCAAGAAGGCGUGAUAAUAAAGAACUCGCUCCUCAAGAUAACUUAGUAAUUUCCUCUUUAUUGGCAGUCUCAUAAUUUCAAUGUACCAUAAUAAUAAUAAUAAGACUUGUAAUGUGCACAUAUCCACCCUGCUGGGUGUUCAAGGCGCAUUAUUCAUCAACACUUAUACACAAAUAUAAAAUAUAAUAAUCUAUUCAAAUUAAAUCUUAAACUAUCAAGCAUUAUUGCACUUCAUUAAUAUGUCACACUACAUAAUUUGGUUGAAAAAUAAAGAGAUGACGCAAAACUAAUAGUUACAGUCAACAGUAUACAUGUAGUACAAUACAGGCUAAAGGCAAAGUAUACCUUUGGUCUUUGUAACCGUUUCACUGGUUUUAAUCCUUUGUAAUAUGCUAUAGUAAAACCAACCCAUGAAAGUUUCCUUCUAAAGGCAGUGGACACUAUUGGUAAUUACUCAAAAUAAUUAUUAGCAUAAAACCUUUCUUGGUGACGAGUAAU